AUGAAGCUGCCCCCUGAGAACUGGACGACUAUCACCGAGGACGGCUCUCUGGUUCAACACCUACUUGCCCUGUACUUCUGCUGGGAAUAUCCAACGUUCGCGUCGUUGAGCAAAGAGCACUUCCUUAGAGAUUUCCAAAACGGUAUAUCCCGAUACUGUUCGCCCAUCUUGGUCAAUGCCCUCUUGGCCUUGGGAUGCCGCUUCUCCAGCAAGUCCAGUACGCGAGCUAACCCUAGCGACCCUUACACUUCGGGUGAUCACUUUUUCAAAGAGGCGCAGCGACUCUUCUACCUCGAGGACGACCACCAUACUUUAACAACCAUCCAGGCUUUGGGGAUAAUGUCCAUACGCGAGGCUAGCUGUGGACGGGAUUCGGAAAGUUGGUACUACGCCGGUCAAAGCAUCCGUUUGGCCAUUGAGAUGGGGCUCCAUCAGCUGCAGGACGACGGAGACCAUGAUGAGUUUGCGGUUCAGGCUGCCACUUUCUGGGGCGCUUUCGCUCUAGACCAGCCGUUGACCAGCCGUGACCUCCUCGGCAUCUACACCCAGUACCUGAACUGGUAUGACAGGAUACCUGAAGUCCUCAGGUUGGGUCAUAAUUUCACCCCCGCUGUGCUCUUUGCGCACAUGUAUUACCAUUUUGCGAUCCUUCUCCUCUUUCGGCCGCUGAUUAAACUUCGAAUCAUUGGCUCCAAGCUACUACCAAGAGACGUGUGCUGUCAGGCCGCAGAUGCGAUUCAGGGUCUGCUACGCUCCUACUCGCAACUGUACACCUUGCGUCGGACACCCUCAUUUGUGCCCUACUUCGUUCUGACAUCUGCUAUUAUGCAUUUGGCCAUCGGAGCAAUAGCCCCAGCCCCGCAGAGGGACUCUGAUGAAUCAGGCGAGACAGCGCCCGAGUCGUCUGCUGGAACGUCGCAUCAUCCCCGUGGCGUAGAAGCAAUCAAACAAGGCAUCCGAGAUCUGGAGGAGAUGGCGCCGUGCCAUCAUUUCGCGGAACAAGCGCUCAAUAUCCUGCGGUACCUGGCCAAGAAAUGGGGUUUGGAGGUCGACAUGGGCUCAACACCCACUUCGGAUGCCGAGUAUGCACAGCUUGCCAGGCCGUACACUAGCAGUCUGAAUUUCUUCGCGCCAAAUGUCCUCGAAGACGAUUUCAUUUGCGUGUGGGGAGGCGGCCUUGGCAGCGGCGAGGCGAUGGAAUCGAAGGCAGCAGCGGGAACGGGAAGUCAGGAGAGCCCGUCAGUAUCGCGAGCGGCUCAAAUCAUGGAGAAUCCUCUUUUUUGGCCAUUCCCCAUGCAAGGCCGCCCAAUGCUUCCGACCGGGCGUGAGUUGAAGGAAGCCGGAUUUGAGAGGCUUUCGUAG